AAACCCGGCGUCCCAGGCCUGGAGGGAGGUUUGGACGCCCCGGCCUGGGAGGUGUGCCAGAUCUGAGCUCUCUCCGUCCAGUUCCUUCUCGUCAGGCCCCCAGUUGGAGGACUGGGACCAACCAGGCACCAUGGCACAGAAGGGACAACUCAGCGACGAUGAGAAAUUCCUCUUUGUGGACAAAAACUUCAUCAACAGCCCAGUGGCCCAGGCUGACUGGGUGGCCAAGAAGCUGGUGUGGGUCCCUUCUGAGAAGCAGGGCUUCGAGGCCGCCAGCAUCAAGGAGGAGAAGGGCGAUGAGGUGAUGGUGGAGCUGGUGGAGAAUGGGAAGAAGAUCACGGUCGGCAAAGAUGACAUCCAGAAGAUGAACCCGCCCAAGUUCUCCAAGGUGGAGGACAUGGCAGAGCUGACGUGCCUCAACGAGGCCUCGGUGCUGCACAACCUGAGGGAGAGGUACUUCUCGGGACUCAUCUACACUUACUCCGGCCUCUUCUGUGUGGUGGUCAACCCCUACAAGCACCUGCCCAUCUACUCGGAGAAGAUUGUGGACAUGUACAAGGGCAAGAAGAGGCACGAGAUGCCACCCCACAUCUACGCCAUUGCUGACACAGCCUACAGGAGCAUGCUGCAGGAUCGAGAGGACCAGUCCAUUCUGUGCACAGGCGAGUCUGGAGCUGGCAAAACAGAAAACACCAAGAAGGUCAUCCAGUACCUGGCUGUGGUGGCCUCGUCACACAAGGGCAAGAAGGACACCAGCAUCACGCAAGGCCCAUCUUUUGCCUACGGAGAGCUGGAAAAACAGCUUCUACAAGCAAACCCCAUUCUGGAGGCUUUUGGCAACGCCAAAACAGUGAAGAACGAUAACUCCUCUCGAUUUGGCAAGUUCAUCCGCAUCAACUUCGACGUCACCGGCUACAUCGUGGGAGCCAACAUUGAGACGUAUCUGCUGGAGAAGUCUCGGGCAAUUCGCCAAGCCAGGGAGGAGAGGACGUUCCACAUAUUUUACUAUCUGAUUGCAGGAGCCAAGGAGAAGAUGAAAAAUGACCUGCUUCUGGAAGGCUUCAACAACUACACAUUUCUCUCCAACGGCUUUGUGCCCAUCCCAGCUGCUCAGGACGACGAGAUGUUCCAGGAGACGCUGGAGGCCAUGUCUAUCAUGGGCUUCAGUGAGGAGGAGCAGCUGGCCAUACUGAAAGUGGUGUCCUCCGUCCUCCAGCUGGGAAAUAUCGUCUUCAAGAAAGAAAGAAACACAGAUCAGGCAUCCAUGCCAGAUAACACAGCUGCUCAGAAAGUUUGCCACCUUGUGGGAAUUAAUGUGACAGAUUUUACCAGAGCCAUCCUGACUCCACGUAUCAAAGUUGGACGGGAUGUGGUACAGAAAGCUCAGACAAAGGAACAGGCUGACUUUGCUAUAGAGGCUUUGGCCAAGGCCACCUAUGAACGCCUUUUCCGCUGGAUACUCAGUCGAGUCAACAAAGCCUUGGACAAGACCCAUCGGCAAGGGGCUUCCUUCCUGGGCAUCCUGGAUAUUGCUGGAUUUGAGAUCUUUGAGGUGAACUCCUUCGAGCAGCUGUGCAUCAACUACACCAAUGAGAAGCUGCAGCAGCUGUUCAACCACACCAUGUUCAUCCUGGAGCAGGAGGAGUACCAGCGCGAGGGCAUCGAGUGGAACUUCAUCGACUUCGGCCUCGACCUGCAGCCCUGCAUCGAGCUCAUCGAGCGCCCGAACAACCCUCCUGGUGUGCUGGCCCUGCUGGACGAGGAGUGCUGGUUCCCCAAAGCCACCGACAAGUCUUUUGUGGAAAAACUGUGCUCAGAGCAGGGCAACCACCCCAAGUUCCAGAAGCCCAAGCAGCUCAAGGACAAGACUGAGUUCUCCAUCAUCCACUAUGCGGGGAAGGUGGACUACAAUGCAAGUGCCUGGCUGACCAAGAACAUGGACCCGCUGAAUGACAAUGUGACCUCCCUCCUCAAUGCCUCCUCAGACAAGUUUGUGGCUGACCUGUGGAAAGACGUGGACCGGAUCGUGGGGCUGGACCAGAUGGCCAAGAUGACCGAGAGCUCGAUGCCCAGUGCCUCCAAGACUAAGAAGGGCAUGUUCCGCACGGUGGGGCAGCUGUACAAGGAGCAGCUGGGCAAGCUGAUGACCACGCUGCGCAACACCACCCCCAACUUUGUGCGGUGCAUCAUCCCCAACCACGAGAAGAGGUCUGGCAAGCUGGAUGCCUUCUUGGUGCUGGAGCAGUUGCGGUGCAAUGGCGUGCUGGAGGGCAUCCGCAUCUGCCGCCAGGGCUUCCCCAACAGGAUUGUCUUCCAAGAGUUCCGCCAGCGCUACGAGAUCCUGGCCGCGAAUGCCAUUCCCAAAGGCUUCAUGGAUGGGAAGCAGGCCUGCAUCCUCAUGAUCAAAGCCUUGGAACUCGACCCCAACUUGUACAGGAUUGGACAGAGCAAAAUCUUCUUCCGCACCGGGGUCCUGGCUCACCUGGAAGAGGAGCGAGACUUGAAGAUCACUGACGUCAUCAUGGCUUUCCAGGCCAUGUGUCGUGGAUACCUGGCCAGAAAGGCCUUCACCAAGAGGCAGCAGCAGCUGACGGCCAUGAAGGUGAUUCAGAGGAACUGUGCCGCCUACCUCAAGCUGCGCAACUGGCAGUGGUGGCGGCUCUUCACCAAGGUGAAGCCGCUGCUGCAGGUGACCCGGCAGGAGGAGGAGAUGCAGGCCAAGGAGGAUGAGCUGCAGAAGACCAAGGAGCGGCAGAUGAAGGCGGAGAGUGAGCUCAAGGAGCUGGAGCAGAAGCACACGCAGCUGGCCGAGGAGAAGAACCUGCUGCAAGAGCAGCUGCAGGCAGAGACUGAGCUGUAUGCAGAGGCUGAAGAGAUGAGGGUCCGGCUGGCAGCCAAGAAGCAGGAACUGGAAGAGAUCCUGCACGAGAUGGAGGCGCGCCUGGAGGAGGAGGAGGACCGGGGCCAGCAGCUACAGGCCGAGCGGAAGAAGAUGGCCCAACAGAUGCUGGACCUAGAGGAACAGCUGGAGGAGGAGGAAGCUGCCAGACAGAAGCUGCAGCUGGAGAAGGUCACAGCCGAGGCCAAGAUCAAGAAACUGGAGGAUGACAUCCUGGUCAUGGACGAUCAGAAUAACAAACUGUCCAAAGAGCGAAAACUCCUUGAAGAGAGGAUUAGUGACUUGACGACAAAUUUAGCAGAAGAGGAAGAAAAAGCCAAGAAUCUGACCAAGCUGAAAAAUAAGCAUGAGUCCAUGAUUUCAGAACUGGAAGUGCGGUUGAAGAAGGAGGAGAAGAGCCGGCAGGAGCUGGAGAAGCUGAAGCGGAAGCUGGAAGGCGACGCCAGUGACUUCCACGAACAGAUCGCUGACCUCCAGGCGCAGAUCGCAGAGCUCAAGAUGCAGCUGGCCAAGAAGGAGGAGGAGCUACAGGCGGCUCUGGCAAGGCUGGAUGAUGAAAUGGCCCAGAAGAACAAUGCCCUGAAGAAGAUCCGGGAGCUGGAGGGCCACAUCUCAGACCUCCAGGAGGACCUGGACUCUGAGCGGGCCGCGAGGAACAAGGCCGAGAAGCAGAAGCGAGACCUUGGGGAGGAGCUGGAGGCGCUGAAGACAGAGCUGGAGGACACGCUAGACACCACCGCCACGCAGCAGGAGCUCAGGGCCAAGAGGGAGCAGGAGGUAACCGUGCUGAAGAAGGCGCUGGAUGAGGAGACACGAUCCCACGAGGCCCAGGUCCAGGAGAUGAGGCAGAAACACACGCAGGCGGUGGAGGAGCUCACGGAGCAGCUGGAGCAGUUCAAGAGGGCCAAGGCGAACCUGGACAAGAGCAAGCAGAUGCUGGAGAAGGAGAACGCGGAGCUGGCCGGGGAGCUGCGGGUCCUGGGCCAGGCGAAGCAGGAGGUGGAGCACAAGAAGAAGAAGCUGGAGGUGCAGCUGCAGGAGCUGCAGUCCAAGUGCAGUGAUGGGGAACGGACCCGGGCGGAGCUCAAUGACAGGGUGCACAAGCUGCAGAACGAAGUGGAGAGCGUCACAGGCGUGCUCAACGAGGCGGAGGGCAAGGCCAUCAAACUGGCCAAGGAUGUGGCGUCCCUUGGGUCCCAGCUCCAGGACACCCAGGAGCUGCUUCAGGAAGAAACCCGGCAGAAGCUAAACGUGUCCACCAAGCUGCGCCAGCUGGAGGAUGAAAGGAACAGCCUGCAGGACCAACUGGAUGAGGAGAUGGAGGCUAAGCAGAACCUGGAGCGCCACAUCUCCUCCCUCAAUAUCCAGCUCUCUGACUCGAAGAAGAAGCUACAGGACUUGGCCGGCACCAUAGAAGCCAUGGAGGAAGGGAAGAAGAGGUUCCAGAAGGAAAUCGAGGGCCUUACCCAGCAGUAUGAGGAGAAGGCAGCUGCUUAUGACAAACUGGAAAAGACCAAGAACAGGCUUCAGCAGGAGCUGGAUGACCUGGUUGUUGAUUUGGACAACCAGCGGCAACUGGUGUCCAACCUGGAGAAGAAGCAGAAGAAGUUUGAUCAGUUGUUAGCCGAGGAGAAGAACAUCUCUUCCAAAUACGCAGAUGAGAGGGACCGAGCUGAAGCAGAAGCCAGGGAGAAGGAAACCAAGGCCUUGUCCCUGGCCAGGGCUCUUGAGGAGGCCCUGGAAGCCAAGGAGGAGCUCGAGAGGACCAACAAAAUGCUCAAGGCCGAGAUGGAAGAUCUGGUCAGCUCUAAGGAUGAUGUGGGCAAGAACGUGCACGAGCUGGAGAAGUCCAAGCGGGCCCUGGAGACCCAGAUGGAGGAGAUGAAGACGCAGCUGGAAGAGCUGGAGGAUGAGCUGCAGGCCACCGAAGAUGCCAAGCUGCGACUAGAGGUCAACAUGCAGGCGCUCAAGGGCCAGUUGGAGAGGGAUCUCCAAGCCCGGGAUGAGCAGAACGAGGAGAAGAGGCGGCAGCUGCAGCGGCAGCUUCACGAGUACGAGACGGAACUGGAGGACGAGCGGAAGCAGCGUGCCCUGGCGGCAGCAGCCAGGAAGAAGCUGGAGGGAGACCUGAAAGACCUGGAGCUUCAGGCUGACUCCGCCAUCAAGGGGAGGGAGGAAGCCAUCAAGCAGCUCCGAAAACUGCAGGCUCAGAUGAAGGACUUCCAGAGAGAGCUGGAAGAUGCCCGCACCUCCAGAGACGAGAUCUUUGCCACUGCCAAGGAGAAUGAGAAGAAAGCCAAGAGCCUGGAGGCCGACCUCAUGCAGCUCCAGGAGGAUCUUGCAGCAGCUGAGAGGGCACGCAAGCAGGCCGACCUGGAGAAGGAGGAGCUGGCUGAGGAGCUGGCCAGCAGCUUGUCGGGAAGGAACACACUGCAAGAUGAGAAGCGCCGCCUGGAGGCCCGGAUCGCCCAGCUGGAGGAGGAGCUGGAGGAAGAACAGGGCAACAUGGAGGCCAUGAGCGACCGGGUCCGCAAGGCCACGCAGCAGGCUGAACAGCUCAACAAUGAGCUGGCGACGGAGCGAAGCACGGCCCAGAAAAACGAGAGUGCACGGCAGCAGCUGGAGAGGCAGAACAAGGAGCUCCGUAGCAAGCUGCAGGAGAUGGAGGGGGUGGUGAAGUCCAAGUUCAAGUCCACCAUCGCAGCGCUGGAGGCCAAGAUUGCGCAGCUGGAGGAGCAGGUCGAGCAGGAGGCCAGAGAGAAGCAGGCGGCUGCCAAGUCCCUGAAGCAGAAGGACAAAAAGCUGAGAGAAGCCUUGCUGCAGGUGGAGGACGAGCGCAAGAUGGCUGAGCAGUACAAGGAGCAGGCGGAGAAAGGAAACAACAGAGUCAAGCAGCUCAAGAGGCAGCUGGAGGAGGCCGAAGAGGAGUCCCAGCGCAUCAACGCCAACCGCAGGAAGCUGCAGCGGGAGCUGGACGAGGCCACUGAGAGCAAUGAGGCCAUGGGCCGAGAGGUGACUGCGCUCAAGAGCAAGCUCAGCACAAAGGGGCACAAGCAAAGCAGACCACUGGCACCACACCCACUCCAAUGCCUGCCAGGCCUCACCCCACCCCUCUCGGCUGAUGACCUCACUUCCUGUUUAACUGAAAACCAGAACUGAUGGUGAAAUUGUUCCCACUUCCCCAGAGACCCCUGUCCUGACAUCCGUGCUCAUUUCCCCUCCUUGCUAGCACCUAUGCCAGCUCCCCCCACCUUAUCUGCUCAGGCGGCUGCUCGGAGUCCCCCUCUGCCACAUUUCCCUCUGGCUGAGUUACUCUAUCAGCUGGAAACACCUCUCACCGCCCCUCCCUGGCACCCACCCUUCCCACCGACUCCAGGAGGAGAGUGCUGGGGGCCGCACUCACCACCUAAGGCCCGGGCCCUGGCUGCAUCCACUCCUCACAGGCGCGGCCCAUCACUCCCGUCCACCUUCUUCCCCGGGCUUCCCAGCCCCUCCCCUUCCCUCCCCACUUGCUGGCUGUCUCUCCAUCUCAAAACCCUCCGACCACUGGACCAUCUGGUCCUCCUGCUUCUGCCCAUCGCUCUCCUCAACCCCAGUGACCUCAGCCAGUCUGGUGGCUUUAGAAUUCCAUCUUCAGGGAGUAAUUUUCUCUCCCAGCCGACACCGUCCCAGGACCCCAGCCCCACCUGGCCUUCCCACCUGGCUAUCCAGAGGCAGCUCAGGCCUCACACGCCCCAGAGCCCAGUCAGUCGCAGUGCUUCACCCCUCCUCCUCCACCUCAGACUGCAAACCUGGGCUUAUCCUGUUUUUCUCCUUCCCUUGCACCCCACAUCUAAUCUGUUAGAAAACCGCUCAACUACCCCUUAAAAAUUGUUGUGUUUUUUUUUUUUGGGGGGGGGCAGAUAUCAGGGAAUCAAACUCGGGACGUUGCGCUAUCAAGGCAGGAGCCAGAACCACUGAGCUAAAUCCCUGGCCCUACCCCUUAAAAAUAGUGCACUUCGAGAACCCAAUUUCUUGCCACCUUGGUCCGAGCCACCAUCCCCCUCAUCCUGAUCACCUUCACAGCCUCUUCAGGGGCCUCUGGCUUCCAUGCUGCCUCUUACGAUCUGCUGCCAACACAGCCCCGAGAGGGAUCUUGUCUAACACUUCGCUCACAGCCAAAGCCUCGUCUUUAUGUUUUAUUUCCGAUCACUGCCUUCACCCUGCCCCCAGCUCUCUGCAGAGAGGGCUCCCUCUUUCCCUUUCAGUCCUUACUCAAAAAGUCACCCGGUCUGAAAUGUCCAAGCUCAUUCCCUGACUCCCACUCUCCCUCACUGCAUUCGCCACGUCACUGGCUGAUUAUUUUCUCUGUCUCCCAUGAGAACAGAGGGGUUUGUGUGUUCGUCCCUGCUGUCUAGGACAGCGCUGGACACACAGGAAACCUUCAGUCACUGAGCACAGUGGCUUCACUCAUUCUCUCACCACUUUUGUCAUUUGCCUUGACCCCUUACUGUCUGCCAUUCACUUACAAGUAAAACUUACCACUCCUAUUAUUUUUAAGCCAGCUCCACUUGUAUUAACAGGUCACAAUGCAGUUAAAUACUACAGUGGCAUUAAAGCAAUACUGAGUCAGGUGUGGUGGCACACACCUGCAGUCCCAGCACUUGGGAGGCUGAGGC